GUUGCGUUUUCGGCGACCAUCAUGUAACCAUCUUGGACGGAGAAUCUCCAAAAGUUCACGUCGCCUUCUACGAUGCGAGCUGUCGCGCUCUGGGUGGACAAAGUCCAUGACCGUGAAAACAACGAGCAAUGUAUAUACGACCUGGUUUUCAAGCCGGAUGGCAGCCAACUCAUAGUCGCAGCUGGCACGCGGGUACUUGUGUACGACACGUCAGACGGCGCGCUCGUUCAACCACUGAAAGGCCACAAGGACACCGUCUACUGCGUCUCCUAUGCCAGGGACGGCAAACGUUUUGCAUCCGGGAGCGCCGACAAGCAGGUCAUCAUCUGGACGGCGACCCUGGAGGGCAUUCUCAAGUAUUCACACCACGACUCCAUUCAAUGCCUCACUUAUAAUCCUCUCACCCACACACUUGUCAGCUGCUCUUGCUCCGAUUUUGGGCUGUGGUCUUCGGAGCAAAAGUCUGUCUCCAAACACCGUACCAGCGGGAGAGUUACCAGUGCGAGCUGGAACCCCGAUGGCCAGUUCUUGGCACUUGGACUUGCAACCGGCACUGUCACCAUUCGUGGAAGGUCUGGUGAAGAAGUUGUGCGCAUUGACAGACCUGGUGGACCGAAGGCGGCAGUUUGGGGCGUCUGCUGGAACCCUGUGAAGGAGGAAGGCGUCGGAGACGUCCUUGCCGUGGCCGACUGGGCACAGACGCUCAGCUUCUACAAUGUGGCAGGCCAGCAGACCGGCCGCGAGCGAAAGUUGGGCUUUGACCCAACGUUUGUCAGCUACUUCCCCGGUGGCGAGUACCUCGUGGUUGGUGGCUCGUGCCGUGAGGCACGUGUGUACACGCGAGACGGCAUCUGCGUGGGACCCGUCUCUCAGCAAGCCUCGUGGGUGUGGUGCUGUCAAGCGCGCCCAGAUGCCAGCCACCUGGCUCUGGGCUGUCAAGAUGGCACAAUCGCCUACUUCGAGCUGGGCUUCUCCACAGUGCACAGCCUGUACCGUGAACGGUAUGCCUACAGAGACAACAUGACAGACGUCAUCAUUCAGCACCUCGUAACAGAUGAAAAAGUGCGAAUCAAGUGCCGUGACCUGGUCAAGAAACUGGCAAUCUACAGGAACCGCCUUGCGGUCCAGCUGCCCGAACGAAUCAUGGUGUAUGAGCUGAGUAGCGACGCAUCUGACCCUAACGACAUGCACUACAGACUGCGGGACAAGAUCGUCCGCAAGGUGGAGUGCACGCUGCUGGUCGUCUGCUCUGAGCACCUUGUCCUUUGCCAGGAACGGCGACUACAGUGCCUGCGUCUUCGUGGUGGUGCUUGCGAACGGGAGUGGGUCCUGUCGUCGGCGAUCCGCUACAUCCGGGCUCUCGGUGGCCCUGUCGGCCGUGAGGGCCUCCUGGUUGGCCUGCGGGAUGGGCAGGUGCUGCAGCUGCUAUUGGACAAUCCCUUCCCGCUGUUCCUCAUCAAGGUGACGAGCCCUGUGCGUUGCCUCGACCUCAGUGCAGAUCGCACACGCCUCGCAGUUGUGGAUGAGAAAGGCACCUGCCUUGUCUACCAGCUGGCCUCGAGGCAGCUGCUCUUCCAGGAACCCAACGCCAACAGCGUGGCAUGGAACACCGAGAAUGCUGAACUCCUCUGCUUCACUGGUGGCGGCGCGCUGGCCGUCAAGGCUGGAGAUUUCCCCGUGCUAAGACAGAAACUGGAGGGCUUUGUGGUUGGCUUUGGGGGCUGCAAGCUCUUCUGCCUCCAACACAACAGCGUCACCACUGUCGAAGUUCCCCUGUCACCAUGCCUUUACCAAUACAUCGAGAAAAACCGCUUCAAGGAGGCCCUCACCAUGGCCUGCUUGGGGGUGCCCGAGGAGGACUGGCGAUUCCUGGCCAAGGAGGCACUGGAAGCCCUCGACCUGGUUGUGGCCAAGCGGGCGGCCGUGCGUCUUGGGGACCCCGCCUUGCUCCGCUUGGUGCGCUCACUCCAGGAUCAAGAGGCCCGUGGCGAGAAACGCGAAUCCCUGCUCGGAGACGUGAUGGCCCAGCAAGGCCGGUUUGCCGAGGCCGCCAGGCUGUACAAGAAAGCUGGCCGCAACUCCAAGGCUGUGGACAUGUACACGGACCUGCGCAUGUUUGAUCUUGCUCAGGAGUACCUCGGCUCAGAUGAGACCCUGGACACGCGUCAGCUGAUGCUCAAGAAGGCCGAGUGGGCUCGGAGCAUCAACGAUCCCAAGGCAGCUGCAGACUUUUAUCUCCUGGCCGGCGAACCUCUGAAAGCAGUUGAGAUUGCAGGAAAACAGGGCUGGACUAACAUACUGGUUGAUCUGUCCCAGAGGCUGGACAAACGUGACAAGGAGGCUCUUGCCAUGUGUGCUGAGUUGCUGGUGGACCAGAAGCAACUUAUGGCCGCUGCCGACGCCUUCCGAAGGAUUGGUGACACCGAAAGCCUGGUGAAGCUCCACGUUGAUGCAGGCCAGUGGGACGAGGCAUUCGCAGCUGUGGGACAGAAUGCUGAGCUUCGUGCCAAGAUUUGUGGUGACUACGCAAACUGGCUUGCAGAGAAUGACCGUUUUGUUGACGCCCAAAAAGCAUUCUACGAGGCCGGUCGACAGGACGAGGCACUGAAGGUACUGGAGCGCCUGACUCAGUACGCCGUUGACGAGUGCCGAUUUCGUGAUGCCGGCUACUACUACUGGCUACUCUCUAGGCAGAUCCUAGAGUGUGCAAGCCGAGAGAGUGAUGUUGCAAGCAGAGAUGCACUGAUAAGCCGUUCAGCCAAGCUUCAGGAUCUAGCUGAUGUCUACUACAUUUACCACAAUGUUCACCGCUAUAUUGAAGAACCGUUCACAGCGUACUUGCCUGAAGCACUGUUCAACAUGUCUCGUUAUCUGUUCCACGAGCUCAUGGAUCAGUCAAUACGUGGAGUUUCACUGGUCGGUGUGCUCUACGCACUGUCAAAGCAGAGCCGUAACGUCGGUGCCUCGAGCGCAACGGAAGGCGCGCUUCCUCCCUCCAGUAACAUCCACGUGGCCACCAUCCGGUUCCGGGACACGCUGGACCUUGCUGCACUGACAGUUCGAUCAAAGCCCUUCAGUGACGCCCAGGACCUGCUGCCACUGUGCUAUCGCUGUUCCUCGACCAAUCCACUCAUCAACCCACGUGGUCGUUGCUGCGUGAACUGUAACCAGCCGUUUGUCCACUCCUUCAUUGCAUUCGAGGUCCUUCCCUUGGUGGAAUUCAAACUGGCCGAGGGUAUCACUGACACAGAAGCGUUGGAGAUCCUCGAAGGCAAGACCAGGGUGACAAAGGAACAGAAGAAAAGCCGGCCAGAGUCACCAAGCCGCCAGAUCAUCAAUGGCUAUGAGGCGCUGCAGAUCAACCACAGUGACGCUACGGAUGAAGACCCUUUUGCCUUCCAACUUUCAAACUUGGAGGACCCAGGAGAAGGGGCUGGUGGCCUGCCAGUAAUUCUGGAUCGUGAAGCACUCGCCGCGCUUGGACCUCGUGAUGUUGUCGUCUGCCAGCAGCCCGCACCCCUGCGCCGCCGCUUCUACCGGAAUGUUGUUCCAGACGUCGUCGUCGUGUCAUGCCCAAGUUGCGCCAAGGUGUUUCACGGCGAUGACUUCGAGAUGCACACCCUCCAGACCAAUGCCUGCCCAUUCUGCAGAACAAAACUCGAGGAUGCUGGAGCCUAAAGUUUGGGUAGGAGUAGUGUAACUACUGGGCUGGGCUAAUGGACCAGGGCCAGUAGACCCGGGCCAGUGGACCAGCACCAGUGACCAGUACCAGUCGCGGGGUGACUCAGCGGUCAUGGAAUCUUGCUGCUGAGCUCACAGGUCGU